GGCACCGUACAGCGCAGAGCUAGAAAUCAGAUCACGAGAAGAAACACAAAUGUCAGGAACAGUUUGGAGAAGAUGGAAUUUUUUCCCUAAGAUCCACCCUCUACUCCAUAAGCACUGCCACUGACAACCAUUCUUCCUCUGGGACCUGACCCCUUCUUCCCAUCACCCUCUCCCCCACCCCCCGGAGGGCAGCUCUCCCCUUUACUCAGCCUCAGAUCUGCUCAUUUCUCCCUUCCCCAGCGAAAGCCUCCCUCUCUUAACCCCAAGAUAUCAGAGCCGGCCGUGGGCUCCGAGAAGCGAAGGGCUCUUGUCGGGCCGCUGAUGCCCGCUGGCUCGGGAACUACUCGAAGACCCUCAUACGCCUCAGGUAACUGAAAAGCCAAACUGCUGGGAAAGCAGUGUCAGGUAAAUCCCACAGAAGCUUGUGUCCGUCGCGCAGUGAUGACGUCAUGCAAGCGUUGGCACGAGGGGCGGAGCCAGGCGCCGAAAGAGCCGUUUUGAUUGGUUCCCGGUCUGGAAGGGGCGCGGGGUCUCCUGGGAUCCGGAAGAAGUCGCCUUUCUGGGCGGAAGUCGGCUCUUUGGAGUCAUAGAAGUGAGCCACACCGGGGCUGUGGAAAUAAGAUGGCGGGGAAGAAGAAUGUUCUGUCGUCUCUGGCAGUUUACGCGGAAGAUUCAGAGCCCGAGUCUGACGGAGAGGCUGGAGUUGAAACGGCAGGCAGCGCGGCUGAGGAGAAAGGCGGCUUGGUAUCCGAAGCCUAUGGAGAGGAUGACUUCUCUCGCCUUGCAGGUGAUGAAGAUGGUUAUGAAGAGGAGGAGGAUGAGAACAGCAAACCGUCGGAAGAUGACGAUUCAGAGACUGAAAAACCUGAGGCUGAUGACCCAAAGGAUAACCCGGAAGUAGAAAAGCGAGAUCCCCAGGAAUUAGUUGCCUCCUUUUCUGAAAGAGUCCGGAACAUGUCACCUGAUGAGAUCAAGAUCCCUCCGGAACCCCCCGGCCGGUGCUCAAACCACUUACAGGACAAGAUCCAGAAGCUGUAUGAGCGGAAGAUAAAGGAGGGGAUGGACAUGAACUACAUUAUCCAGAGGAAGAAGGAAUUUCGGAAUCCUAGCAUCUAUGAGAAGCUCAUCCAGUUCUGUGCUAUUGAUGAACUCGGCACCAACUAUCCAAAGGAUAUGUUUGACCCCCAUGGCUGGUCUGAAGACUCCUACUAUGAGGCAUUAGCCAAAGCCCAGAAGAUUGAAAUGGACAAGUUGGAAAAGGCCAAAAAGGAGCGAACCAAAGCUUGUUGCAGGGACGUGUCUGCAGCACCUGGGGGCCGGAGCUGUCCUUCCCCUGUGCGCACGGGCACCGCCUCCCCCGAGAUUGAGUUUGUGACGGGCACCAAGAAGGGUACCACGACCAACGCCCCGGCCACCACCACCACCACGGCCAGCACAGCCGUCGCAGACGCCCAGAAGAGAAAGAGCAAGUGGGACUCAGCCAUCCCGGUGACGACGAUAGCCCAGCCCACCAUCCUCACCACCACGGCCACCCUGCCAGCUGUUGUCACCGUGACCACCAGCGCCAGCGGCUCCAAGACCACCGUUAUCUCUGCCGUGGGCACCAUCGUGAAGAAGGCCAAGCAGUGACGCAAGGGACCCCAGGGACCGGCGUAGGGUGGCUCGGACAGUCUCCCCUCCAUGGAGGGGAGGAGCCACUCUGGGACCUGAUGAGACCUCGGCCUCCUGGGAGGUUCCCCAUUGUACGUUUCAGGAUUGGGACCCGUUCCCCUCCCUCCUGCCUGCGAGGAGCUCCAGGUGGCGUUUGGCCUGGAAGAGACGGGGCUGCACAGGAGCAGGGCUCUGUGGACAGCGCCCCCCGCGGGGUCUGCGCCCAAUUAAAAGUGCUGCGUCCUCACAUCUCGGCGUCUCGGACGCCCUGGUCUCUUCUACAGUCUGUUUUCAGGCGAAUGUGAAAACUCAAGUGUCCUCUCAUCUUUUUGGUUGGGAUCCUCACCUCAGGCACAGCGGGUGACCGCAGCCUGCAGCCGGCUCAGAGAGGGUGGCCCGAGAAGUCACCUCGGUCAUUCCCAGUGAAUGUCUCUUGGCGCGGGCAGGCAGGGGUCCUGAGAGGGGGGAAGGCCCGGGCUCCCGCUGCCCUGGUUCUGGAGCUCUGAACCCCACCAGUUGUCAGGCAGGAGCCCAGCCUGUCCUCCCCUGGGCGCAGUUGAGCCCUCCUCCAACCACCUCUUGGACACACCCUGGCCUUUGAAGUAUCACCAGUCACCAGAAGGGCGGGAGCUGACCCCUGGCCCACGCAGGGAGAGGGCAGGUCGCAGUGGGGAGAUGAAUCACCUCCUGGCCUGGCUGGGCAGCCAUUCAUUGUUUACGUAAAGUCCAGCUCCUGGGAGGAUCCGCCACCCCACCCUUCCUGCGCCUGUUAUCUCUGCCCCACAGCAGCCCUCGGGCAGCUCCAGUGGCUGCUGGGCUCCUCUGGGGCCAGAACAGAUUUCCCAGCAGCUGGCAGGCCUGGAGUCCCAGGUCUGGAGGGAAAGAGUGCUUUUCCUGCUCUUGGGCAGCUCUUUCCCCGCCAGCGGAAGGGCCGCGCGUCAGAGAAGGAAGCCAGGCUGUGAAGAGCUGACCUGCUUCCCCGGAGCGGGCAGGGGUUCAGAAAAGUGGUCCCCAGGAGGCACCGGAUGCUGGUGCAUAACUGGGGGAGUGUGACAACCCAGCCCUGUGGCCCCCAGAGCAGAGAUGGAGCCACCCCUGCGCUCUCCCCCCAAACACAUCCUCAGCUGCAGAAGAGAUCAGGUCUCCCUGUCCUUUGAGGAACUUCGCAGCCCGAGAGAGAGAGAGAGAGAGAGAGAGAGAGAGAGAGAGAGAGGGCUUCCUGCCUGCAGCCUCCGCCAGGGCCCCAGGGAGCUCAUGUGGCGGCAGCUGGGACCUCGGAAUCAGCACCUCUGCUCUGGAGCCCAGGUUAAAACAGACUGUGUUUGAGUCGUGUGUGUCUCAGGCCCUUUGCUCUGUAACUCUUCUCUCAAAUCAUGGUAAUAAAGCCUUUUGAGCUGGUUGUGAGCAA